ACAUGUGUGCUAGGAAGCAACCAACCACAAUAGUAAAACCGGCUGUGUUUGUGUGUAUCAUUAUCCAGCGGCUUCAUCAGUGUUUGGACAAAUCGCGUGCUUGUGGGUGUGUGGCUGCUGGUGCUGCUUCUCCAAAUCUUGCGCCAUUCUCUUGGGCGUAUCCGUAAUCCAUCUCCCCCAUCUUGCUGAAUCUGCCUGUGUUUUUUGGGAUCCGAAAGGCAGAAGAGAAACAAGAGGAAGCAAAAUGGGUUUCCAAAAAGAAGCAAGUUUUUCCCUUGGCUGAGCAGCGUGGCUUGGACUUGGGCUGAAUGAGCUCCAUCUCCCCAUGCCUUUGUUAGAUAUAGCUACUACUGCACAGCCUUCAAUCCCAAACCACAUAUUUACACUUAGGGCUCAAACCCUUUCCCACAAUAGAAUUGUGUUUGGCAAUGAGAAGAGAUUGGCAUCCGGAUGGAAGCCUUUCCAAGCAUCAAGAAAAGAGAAAAAAAUUUACCUAGGGCGUGUUGAGAUGCUGCGAAAUGGGCUCGUGAUUAGCGCAGUUGCUACCCUAGAAUCUUGUUGUUCGGUUCAAACCCAUGGUGAACAUGAGGGUCGUGAUAAUUUACAGCCGGCUGUUGAUUCUAGUAGCAACUCAGUAAUUCAGCAUCAAUCUUCAGCUUCAAAUAGAGACUCGGAGGAAUUGGAUGAGAGAGAGAAGUUGAGACGCAUGAGGAUUUCCAAAGCAAAUAAGGGGAACACGCCCUGGAAUAAAGGCAGGAAGCACAGUGCUGAAACGCUACAGCGGAUUAAAGAGAGAACCAGGCUUGCAAUGCAGGAUCCUAAGGUCAAAAUGAAGUUAGUCAACCUGGGACAUGCUCAGAGCAAAGAAACAAGGGAAAAAAUUGCAGUUGGAGUGCGAAUGGGGUGGGAAAGGCGCCGUCAGAAGCUGAUGCUACAGGAGACUUGCUACUUUGAGUGGCAGAAUUUGAUAGCAGGGGCUUCUAGAAGGGGCUUUGUUGGUGAAGAGGAGUUGCAGUGGGACUCCUACACUAUAUUAGAUAAACAGCUUGAGCAGGAGUGGUUGGAAAGUGUUGAACAAAGGAGGAGCACUCCAAGACUAAAAGGUAGCAAAAGAGCACCCAAGUCUCUUGAGCAGAGGAGGAAAAUUUCAGAGGCUAUUUCGGCCAAAUGGACUGAUCCUGCAUAUCGUGAGAGGGUUUACUCUGCUCUUUCUAAAUAUCAUGGCACAGCAGUUGGAGUUGAAAGGAAACCGAGGAGAAAGCCCAGUGUUGAGAGACAACCCAGAACAAGGAGUCCCACGAAGAAGAAAAGUAAGGAUACAGGUAAUUCUGGCGGGAAUGUUACAAAAAGCCAAAACCCGUGCACUAGAUCAAGGAGAAGUAAUGUGCCCCAAUAUAAGGAUCCUUUGGCAAACUCCAAGCUUGAGAUGAUAAAGAAUAUCAGAGCCCAGAGAGCAGCUGUGGAGACCAAGAAGACUGAAGCCUUUGAACAAGCAAAGAUACUGAUUGCUGAAGCAGAAAAGGCUGCGAAGGCCCUUGAGGCAGCUGCAAUGAGGAGCCCUCUUGCUCAAGCUUCCCUUGUUGAAGCUAGGAAACUCAUCGCAGAAGCAAUUCAAUCAAUUCAACCCAUUGAGAUUGGACAGGCUGAUUCUCAUGAGAAUGGUAGCCCUCCGAGUGCCGUAGCUGAACUGACGAAUCCUGAGAAUGGUAGCCCUCUGACUGCCUUAGCUGGACCGAUGAACCCUGAGAAUGGUAUUGAAGGACUGAAUCAAAUAGCUCGAGGGGAGAUUAAUGGUACUCGAGCAGUGGAGUCAGGUUCGGGUGAUAUUAAGGACUUUGGUUUCCAUAAAUUCGACUUGCAGGAUUUACUUAAUGGUGGUGAUGAUGAUGAUGAUGAUGAUAAUGAAGUUGAUCCCGUAAACUCCAGAGGCUAUGGUUUACUGAAUGGCAAAGAGCAACUUCCUCAAUCUGGCAGCAGCGACAACGGUUUGCCUCCAUCAGAACUGGACAGCAUCCUCAACCAAUCGAACUUCAGAGAGCAGCUGAGUCAGCUUGGACCCAAUGGAAGCAACAAUCCCCAGAAGAAGAAGCUGCUUCUGCUGAAUGGUGCCGAAUUUCAGUCCGGGAAAGAGGAGGAAGCAUCUCCUAAAUCCAUUACCAUCACUAGGAAAUGGGUUUGUGGGAGGCUGGUAGAAGUGGCAGAAGAAGAUUAGGUUAGUCUAUGACUAUAAAGAACAUCAUAAAGCCCCCAUUUUGGCCCUAGAGAUUCUGUUUGUUUUUGACUCUGCACUGUGUGGAGCCUGCUGCAGCUGCCCCCUCCUAUCCUAUCCUAUCGGUCCUCGCCUAUUAUGUACCAUAAUCGCGAUUCUGAGAGUUACCAAAACCCAUUCAGAAGCAUGAUAUAUUGCUAUAUUAGUGUAGUUGUUACCAUGAACUUAGAAGCAUGAUGUAUUGGUGUUAGUGUAGUUGUUGUUACUAUGAACUUAGAAUUGGAUUGGGAACCUUCUUUUCACAUAUAAUAGCGGAGAGGACUAUUGUCUGUUGUUUUCUUCAGCCCUCGGGAAGAUGCAUGAAUAAUUUAUGGUUCUUGA